AUGUAUAUGAUUUUUAGUGAUCCACGAUGUGAAGCCAAAUCAAAAAUUGUUUCCUUCGAUUUAGAUGGUACUUUAGUCACUACAAAAACUGGUAAAACUUUUGCUACAUCUUCAGAGGAUUGGAAGUGGUUGAAUGAAAAAGUGGUAUCAACACUUCAACAAGAAGUAGAAAGAGAUGCAAAGAUUGUCAUUUUCACUAACCAAAAAGGGGUCAUGAGUCGUGGUGAAGUAAACACCAAAAAGUGUAAUGAAUUUUGUCAACGAAUAGAACAUAUCCUAAAACAAUUAGCUGGGUAUGAGAUAUAUGUACAAGUGUUUGUUGCAAUAUCAGAUAACAUUUAUAGAAAACCACUUCCAGGAAUGUGGUCAUUAUUAGAGAAAAAUAACCAAGGUAUCAAAAUUGAUAAGUCAAAGAGUUAUUUUAUUGGAGAUGCAGCAGGAAGAAGAGACCAUUGGGUGAAAGGAAAAAAGAAAGAUUUUAGUUGCAGUGAUCGUAAAUUUGCGAAAAAUGUUGGGAUAAAAUUUAACACACCUGAAGAAUAUUUUCUUGGAAUGAAACCUUGUGAGUUUGAGUGGGAUGACAUAGACAUGAAUUCCUUUCCUGUAGUCUCAGGAAGAGAAAGGUUAGACCUUUUAAAAAUCCAAUUCAAAGAAAGUAGGGAAAUAAUUUUAUUUGUUGGAUCUCCUGCUUCAGGUAAAACUUCAUUUUAUAAGAAAUAUCUAAAACCAAUGGGGUAUGAAUGGAUCAAUAUGGAUACACUAGGCAAUAAAACAAAGUGUAUGAGAGAGGCAAAGAAAUUGAUUGAAAAUCGGUCAUUUGUUAUUGACAAUUCAAAUCCAACUGUUGAAGGAAGACAGGAAUUUAUUGAGUUAGCGAAAAAGAAUGACAUUCCUAUUAGGUGUUUUUAUUUUGCAUGUGAUAAAAAAUUAACAAACCACUUAAAUACUUUUCGAGCAUUAACAACAAAUAAAAAUAUUCCAGUAAUUGCUAUAAACGUGUAUUAUAAAAAUUUUGUUCAACCAAAAAAAGAAGAAGGAUUUACAGAAAUUAUAACAAUCCCAUUUGUAAUAGAAGAAGAUUAUUUAUUAACAAAUGAUAGAAAACAAUUAUUAUAUUAUUCAUAUUAA